AUGCGACUUCUGCUUCUCCUUUUUAUGGUCUGUAUUAACUUUGAUGGUCCUCAUACAAACUUUUACUUUGUUGUGAAUUGAGCGUUCAUUUGGCUCUUUUAUUUUCAGUUGAGGGUGUUUAUUUGCUAGGCUAGUAUGCUCUACACACCACCAGCUUGUCACAAAAAAACAGCCAGUUAUCGUUAGAGAUAGGAAACUUUUUAUUGGAUCAUUUCCUAUUCAUCGACCUUUAUGACAGAGCUAAUGGUCGAUUGUAUUGGAUUAAUAGAAAAGUAAUGCGUUUCCCAUCUUGCUUGCUAAGCCUAAGAGAACUGAUUAACCUUGGAAAAUGAUCGAAAAUUCAAAGAAGAAUGAAAAAGCAACUAUGAGUUUCAGUCGAUUUGUCCCGACUCGAAAAUCUUCAAAACCUGAUUUUAAUUUUUGUCCAAGUGCAGAUUUUUAUCCAUUAUUUCAAUUUUAAUCCUCAGAAAGAAGCAGAAGUUCAUAAACAGUAAGAGAGUCUGAUGUACAGAAAUUAUGUUUUUAAACCCUAUAAAGUUUAAUAUUAAUAUCGAGUUUUUUUCACAGUCAAAUUUUUUUAUAGCCUUAUAAUUUGCAAAAAGAAGAUUUUUGAGAAGUCUCUGUAGUUAUUUCUUCAAGCUAGCAGUGAAAGGAAUAUUAAAAGUUCAUUUUUUUCUAUUUGACAAUCGCCAAAUCUCAGGCGAAAGGCGCGAAGGCGUCGGCGUACUUGCAAAUCGACAACCAUCUUCCUACGAGAACCGGACAGGUAUUUUUUAUUUUCCUGAAAAUUACAUGUAUUUUUCAUGCCUCAUGUUCCGAUAAACAAAAUUUGGUUUUGAAAUUGUUAAAAUAAAAUUUUGGAUAUUUUUUUCCUGAAAAAACGGAAAUUAAGUAAAAAUUCACAGCUGAAACGUGCAGUUUGAAGUCCAUUUAUAACUUUUCCUUUCUCUCCUUCCAAUGACCAUCUUCAAACGAAAACUUUUCAAUUUCCUCGUCAAGAAAACGGUUGCAAAUCUGUCGAAACAAACUUGACACAGCCAAAUUCAAAUAAAAGAACGCGGUGAAAAGACGAUGACCUCAAAAGCCGACCGAGAACUACAUAUCCGUCUACUUUUUUCUCCGUUUCCUUGUCAUUUUUUGCCUUUUUCCGUCUUUUUUUUUUCGGCUCGCGUGCCGGUUGUUAUCACCUCCCAUUGAUCUCGACUAUUACCUUUUUUGGAAUUCCGAUGGAUGAUCCAAUCAUUUAUCAGAGGCCGGGGUCAAACGCAAUUUUUAAGAUGAGAUAGUUAUUAAAAUUUUGGGCACGGAAGCUUUCCAAUUCAUACGAGGACUGAACGACUCAUAAAAAUUCUGGAAAAAUUUAAGUGGUCACUUUAGGGCUUUGACGUUUUAGUGGCCUUAGUAGUAGUUGAUUUAGUGGACACUUAAGUGACUAACUCUUUAUAAAAAUUUCUCGGUUAUAUCACUAAAAAAUUUUCUGAGUGUAGAGAAGCGCAACGAAAAAGUUCAUCACACGCCUAUUAAAAUUUUGAUUCAAACUCAAUGUAGAUUGUCGCCUACUCGGUUGGACCGCAAAUCGAACCAAUUCUGAACAAACCUCGACCUACCUGUCAGUUUGGUGAGAUAGAAGACUCAAACUAGAACGAGGUUUUCAAAAUUGAUUUCUAGACGAGAAGCAAUGGCUCCACAAGCUGGAUUUCGGAGUUUCCACCUUGAAUAUGUUCGAAAGACGGACCGGCAGCAGCUGUGAGCAGUGCUUGAGGCAUUGUGCGGCAAGACAGGUAGCGACUUUAUUAUUCCUUUGUUUAGUGUGUAUCUACAACGUAGAUAUCUUCUUGCCAGAAGUUACUGUUGACCUAAUAGACUUUCCAAUCGCAGUCUUGGGAUUUUCUCAUUUUUUUUUAUGAGACUUGGCCUUGCCACUCGAAGUCUCUACAGUUUUAUCCUUUAUCAAUUAGUUAUUUUUUAAAUUAAUUAAUAUUGAUAUCUGGGAACACGUGUAUUGUAAGAAGUACACAGCAUUUAACUUGUGAAGAGUCGUAAAUUUCCUUCAAGGACUACGAGAGAAUUCAAAUAAGUUGGUAGUAGUUUCUUUUUCAAGUCUUAUUGGUCCUUAUAGUCUUCAUAUUCUACGUGGCCUUCUUUAGGCGUUUUUUUGUUAAUUUAUUAUUUUCAAAAUUUACAAUUUCAGCUUCUCCUUUUCAAAAAAAUGUCCUCUCAAAUUUAAAGGAAAUUACAGGGAGGCAAGUUUUCCUGUCGAUCGAUUGUUUUCGACCAAAAAUGGAUGGUGAGUAACCUGGGAGAAUUUUUCAAUAGGCAGUUUUUUCAGGUUUGCGACCUGUACUCGAUGUCAUCGGAACCGAGUCUUGCGAUCAUACCAAUGAUCGGCAAGGACUAUUUUGAGUCAGUUCCCUUCAUGAGUUAAUUUUUGAAUUUUUAUUUGUUCUGAAGAUGUUUCAACCAAUUUAAUUCAGUUUUUUUUUUCAUUAAUGGAACUGAGUUAGAAAAAGUCAUAAAUUUUUAAGGUUCGACCCUGAAAAAGAAGCGUAAGAAGGAAAAAAUAAAAUUUCUUCUUUUUCUUGAUUUGAAAGCUGUGACUAUCACUCUAUAUCUGUUCCAACCUUGUGCGAUUUUUUUUUCUAUGCUACUUGAUGUCGACGCGCGCAAGUACUUUUAAGUCCGUACAUGCUUCGAAUCAAUGCCUAUUGAAAAUAAUAUCAAAUUACUUGCGAAUACCUCAAGUCAGGAAAAAUGAUAAAAGUCAAAAAAACAAAAAAAAACGUGUCUUAGGUUUCUCCUGGCCGACCAACCGUCGGAUGACGAGGAAAUCGCAUCCCUCGCAUUUAAUAUUGACGAACGGAAAAGAGUUUCUCACGAUUGCAAACUUCAGCGUCAGGUUCUAGAAAUUUCCAGAUAAUCCUUGAAAAAAAUGUAUUUGAAGGCAAAAAGACGGCGGAACAAGGUGAACGGCGUGGUGACGGCGACGGAAGCCAACGAUUUCCUCUUGCACGACCUUCUUUACGGCACCAAGGUACAUUUAUUCAGUCAAAAUUUCGUAAAUGUUUCGAUUGGAUCAUUUGUGAUACUUGCACUUCAUUUUCAGUGAUCCUUAUUAAUCGAUCGUUUUUUCAGACACGUGGAGAAAAGCUACCAAAACGAGUGGAAAUAUCGUUAAAGUCCAGGCCUACGCGACUCAUCUAUAAAAGUGGCACGUCUGCAAGCGAUUUUCAAGUAAUUCCAGUUCUUUAUUCAGUCCAUAAAACCAACUUUAAGGUUUCUCCAGCCGUCGGGGUUGACCAGAAAACGUUGAUCAACGAGGCUAACGAGUUGGCCACUCAGAUCGAGCAACUCACCAACUUCGAAGCCCAGGACUUCAGCAAACUUCAUCCAAGUGAUUUCGCUACCACAAGACCGACUUCAAGUCAAACCACGCCCGAUUCGUUCAAACUUUUUGUGGAGCAGCAGCGAGCCGAAGAGAUUCUGAAACGGAAAGCUGAGGAAGAACACUUCAGGGCUGUUGAAGAGAAAAAGAAGGCAGAACAAGAACGACUGGAGCGGGAAAAGGCCGAAGAAGAGGCAAAGCUUGAACGAGAGCGGCUUGAGCUGGAGCACCGCAUUCGGGAAGAGCAGCGAGUGAAGGAGCAGCAGCAGAAAGAGGAACGACGGCGGAAGAAAGAGGAACGGCGAAAGCAACGCCGAUUGGAGCAAGAACGACUUGAAAGACUUCGCGUGGAAGAAGAUAAGCGACGGUUCCAGGAAGAGCGGGAAAGGCAAAAGCUGGAAGAAGAGCGCGUCUUACAAGAGAAGUUGCGAAAGGAAGAACAGGAAGUACUCCGUCGACGCGAGGAAGAAAGGUUGGAGAAGCUCCGAAUCGAGGAGGAAGAACGACAGAAGCUGGAGAAGCAACGAUUCUUGGAAGAAGAACGACAACGUCAGGAGCAAGUGCGACUAGAAAAGCUGAGAUUGGAAGCGAUUGAACGACAGAAAAAAGAGGAAGAGCAGCGACGUCAAGAACUUGAACGCUUGGAAAAGCUGAGGAUAGAGUUUGAGCGAGAGAAACUUGAAAAGCAACGGCGAUUAGAAGAAGAACGACUGCUCCAGGAGCAAAAAAAGCUGGAAAAGAUGAGACUGGAGGCUGAAGAACGACAGCAAAAAGAAGAGGAGCUGCGGCGCCUAGAAGUAGAACGGUUGGAAAAGCUGAAAAAAGAAGAAGAGCAAAGGAAAAAAUUGGAAGAGGUUCGGCUGCAGAAUGAACGUCAGCGACAGGUUUUGGAAGAAAAAGCGAGGCAGGAGCAUGAACGAAUGAUAGCUGAGAAGGAACGACUAAGAAUGGAGAAGCAGAGAUUAGAGGAGGAGAAGCAACAGAAGAUUCUAGAGGAAAAGCGAAGAGUCGAGGAGGAGCGUCAUCGGCUGGAGAUGGAGCGUUUCGAAAAGGAGAGAUUGGAAAGAGAAAACCGAGAAAAAGAAAGACGACGUCUAGAAGCUGAGAUGGAAGAGAAGCAGAGACUCGAGGAAGUCCGGAGGAACCAAGAACAACAACGGCUUGAAAAGGAGAGAGUGGAGGAAGAGAGAAGGACGGUCGAUGAGUGGAAAGAGAAACAGCGGCAAAAUAUGGAAGAGAGGAAACGAGAAGAGCAACGACUGGAGAGGAUCCGACAGGAAGAAUACCAAAAAUCACUGGCUGAGUGGAGAACCAAGCAGGAGCAGAAGAAAUUAUCGCCGUCGAAGAAGAGCGGUGGUGACACUUUAGCGAGCAGUUCGGUGAGUUGACCUGUGUUUUCUGAACUUUUUCGAAUUUUCUGAAUGGGUCAGUUUCAGUUUGAGCCAUAGACUUUUUCUUCUGAUAUCCGAAAAUUCCGUAACCGUACUAUAAUCUUGUCUUAAAUCGCAGAAUCACUCUUCUUAAGUAUUCUUCAUGAUAAAAAGUCUUGGUAAAUGUGUCGAAAUUCUGUCCAAGGAUUUUUUCAAUUAAUCGAUUCCAAGCAUACAGGGGCAAGAUCCGAACGUGGUCAGUCAGAGAAAGAGGUUGACAUCAAGAAUUUUCCCCGAACCGAAAGGGGGUCGGCGGCCCUGAAAUUCAGUCUGCUCCUGUAUGGUUGAAACAGAAAGUGAUUAACCAGAGUAAUGUUAUGAAAUGAAAGAGGAGAGUUGAAUUUUCGGACUUAGAGGAAAAAUGUGCGUAAGAAAACGCUUGAGAAUUUUGAAAAAGUCCAAAAAUGGGACCCUCCAUUUCUCGAAAACUUGGUCUGGUCAGUUUGGGUCUUAAAAGUGACACAACUUUGUUCGUUUUCCGAAUUUUCUGACGAAGUUUAUAUUUUUGAAUCAAGCAGAAAAAUUCUCAACAAAAAUCUGUUUCAUAAAUUUCGAAAAAAAGACGAGAAUUUGAUUUCUCAAUUUCUCAUUUUUUUGGACCGUCCAACUAGUAGUCUCAAAAAGAAAGAGGAUUUUGACUUUCUUCCAAAUAAAGGCAGACCAGUCCAAUUAUUGGUGAAAAAUUCUUCAAAACUCGCUAAUUUUUUCUAAUUCUGGGAGAAAGUUGUAUUUUCGUAUAUACAAUGUUUCCCUGAAUUUCGGUCUGCCCAUGUAUGAUUCAAAGAAUUAUUCUCGAGCCUUAAGAAGUUUUUCAACCCUCCGAAAGACGAUAAAGCUGCCAAACUUGGCUUCGGAAACGAUGCUGACAUAGAAGAUAUCACCGCGGAUUCGUUUGCUCCAACACAAGUACCUAUUUUCGUGAGUUUUCGUACAUUCUCAAAUCCCACUUCUGAACGCUUCUAGGACCCGAAAAACGCGCUUUCGACCACCACUAAACUCAGACCAACUGAAAUUGAUGGCGAAUAUGGUAAUUCGGGAUGAAUAUAAACAUGUCAGGAAUUUUUAAGAUGAUUAUGAGCAAGAGGAAAGGUUGGACGAGGCGAAAAAGGAGCACGAUUUGCUCCGAAACGGGGAAGUCCAGGUGAGCUGUUUUCAGAAGAACGUGAAGAAAUCACUUCGAGUUCAGAAAAUCGUGCCUAAACAGCAUCGCACAGCCGAUGGUGAAGCCGUUUUAUUUGAGGUCAGUAAGGAAAGAAAUUUUCCUUGGGAUCUUCAAGGAAUAGAUUAUUAUAAUCUGUGUGCCACGACUUGAAAUUUCACCGAACGACGUUCCGCUGUUCCGCGUUCGCGAAGCGUCUUUCGAAUUUAAGUCACGCUUUCAAUUGAUUUUUCAUUGUUGUGGGAGCACAUGAAAGUAGAGUACCUUAAUGAAAGAAAAAAAAAAUUUUAACCUAGGAUCGCAGCGGCACAGCGGAAUGUCGUUCAAUGAAAUUUCAAGUCGUGGCACACAGACUAUAAAAGGCAUCCAUGGAAGCGAUUUUGCAACUUACCAAGAACGAAUACGUUGAGCAUUUUGCACGGAAAUCAUAGAGAUGUUCAGGAACCAGUGUGUGGAUCUCGAGAAGUCCCAGUCAUGGUGAUGUUUGCUGGUUCUUUGAUGGAAUCGAGGCAGCGGCCAUUGGUCGGCGAAGUCAAAUGGAGGCCAGCCGUGACCACUGCUCAGUGCAUGAAUCUCUGCAAAAUGGAUGACGAUUGGUAAAUUUUUUUUCAAACUUGUUCAAAAAAUGAAUGAACUAUAUUCGGUUUCUCGCGACUUGACACUGCUGUUUUUCUCUGCGCCCUCCUUAUCUCUCGACGUCUCUCUCAUGUUUACGUGCUCUUUCCAUGUUUCUCUGACCCCGCCGGUGAGGGAAAAGAGAGACGCAGACACGCGAGAACUGUCGAAUCCGUACCGCGCUUCUCACGACUUUUUACUACCGAUUGGCAGAACCUCUCUCUUUUGCCGUGUUCAAAGUAAUUCCGCGAAAUUCAAAUUAGCCGUCAAAGAAAGAAAAAGAUAACUAAAUUUUGGAGGGUCAGAGAAAAUUUCGCAUUUCGCGGAAAUUACUUUGAAGACGGCAUUUGGUACACUCGGCAUUCCUCUGUGCAUGCGCCUUUAAUAUAACGCCAAAGUCGCAACAACAAAAUACAUGCAUCGAAAAAACGGCACUGCUGUUGAGAGAACAAAAAAAAAUGACAAGUUGGCGCGGAAUGGGCUAUAACUCAUUUUAAAUGUGCAAAUUUGCUCCAUAGACAAUAUGAUGGGGUUUUUUUUUGUUUUCAGCAUGUCUGCAAAUUUCUCGCCGAAAGGAUGCGAACUGUCGUUGACGCGUUGGGUCGGUCAGCCUGGAGAGCAACUUCGAGCCGAGAAACGGUCCAGCUACUUGGAGAAGAUAUGCCUCUUUCCCAUCGAUAUUGCAGGUUUCGCUUCAUCUCUUUUCCAUUCCGAUAACGACCAUAAAACAGGGGUUUUAAGGAAAAAGUUCCAUUUUUGGUAAACCUUACAAAGUAUAUCCUGCACGAUUCGCUAUUGAAAGCCUCAUUUUCGAACAACGUCACAGGUUUUCAGGGGAAAAAGUUGAGGUCUUCGCCGAGGUUCACAAGGCCCAAGUUGGAUCAGUAAUCGAAGUCGAAGACGCCAUUUCUAUGGAUGAAUGCGUCACUUUGUGUCUUCGAGUGAGUUGCAAUAAGUCGACAGCUUUGAACUAUUUUCUUUUUCUUGAAUUUCAGGCACGAAGAAAGCGCUUAUUUGACUGCAAAUCUGCCAUGUGGUAUCCUGAUGAUAAGUCGCAGGUGAGAAUUUGUAUUUCGAUAUUUGGAAAAAGUAGGUGGAAGUUGGAAAAAUGGGUCGAAGCCCUAUGAAACGCUUUUAAAAAUUCAAGUCUUGUCCUGAAUAAAAUUUUUCAGAAUUGCCUGCUGAACACGGAGAAUCGCCACACUCGACCGGACAUGUAUGUUGCGCAGGUUCCCACAGAAAACACAUCACUUUGUUCAAAAAUUAUUUUAGAAGACUAAAGUCAUUUAUUUCGAAAUCCCUCGAGAGGAUGUCCAGUCUCACGGACCUUUCAAAUUGAUGGUGCGACUUUCGAAUUUUCUUUGAUUUGAUUUUUUCAUUUUUAGAAAAAAGAUUCGCCACUUCCUCAUGGGUUCACAACGUGGUCAAAGUGUAACGGUAUGUUUGAAAAGAAUCGCCAAAAAAAUGAAAAUAAUUCCCACUUCAGAUUUGACAUUGGAGAAAACGCGAUAUCGCAAGUGUAAAGAACAAAAGGACGUGAGAAAAUGUCCGAAAGAAAUCGUCAAAUGCGAAAAACCGACCAAGAAAGCUGCCGUUCCGGGGAAAAGGAGACGCCUUUCAAGAGGUUAGAAAAAAUUCUUGAAUUUUUUUUUCAAAUGGAAAGUUUUAGUGAAGCAUCUCAACGUCAAGAAAAUCGAAAAAAUCGAAGAACCGGCCAAGAUUUCAAAAGUAAAAAUUGAUUUGAGUUGAAAGAAAUAAAUUAAAAUGAAUCAUAGGUAAAUGCAAAGGCUGAAAACUUUGACUCGGAGACGCCAUCAGCAAUGAUGAGAGGUUCUCAGAAGACGUUGAACAUCAACAAGAUACCGUCUAAUGUGACGUCAGAAAUUGCUUCCAACUCUACUGCCCCAUCACAGAAACUUGAUAAGCUAUUAUCGUGA